CCCCCUCCUCCCUCUAACCCAGCUGGACUGCCACGGAAUGGGCAACACGCAAACACAGAAUCAACGGGGUCAGGAUUCACUCGACAUGGCGGAUGUUAGGUCAUUUGAGGCCGCUGGUUUGGCGGCUGCCACUGCCUCCGGCAUGAAAGAGGAGCUUCUGCUGGUAUCUUGGCUGAUUGUGCUUUUGCGUACACGAGAAGAUGGCCAGGCCACGUAUGAAUGGUCGUACAAGGGCCAGAACACAGUAAACAAGUGUGUGUCGACGGAGAUGAUGACAGACUUGCGCAGUACAGUGGGGCAGACUGCUGAAGCGAUUGCCCGCAAUAUCGCACCCCUCCAGGAGACAGCCACCUCGGCGCUUGUUCUCAGCACGGGCGCUAUCUCGCAAUCAUCCGAGGAACCUAAAGAUGAGGGUACUCUUCACCUCGAAACACAAUACAAUGACGGCCGUCUCGAGAUCCGACCGGUCUGGCAGUCCGAAACCAUGCUCCCUUAUACCGCAACGCGACACAUCAACAGCCUCAUCGACACCGUGCAAAUCGUCCUUUCCAACCCCGAUGCCUCCAUCGAGGACUGCCUCCGCCCGACUACGAGCGACUUGACCGACUUAUGGUCGUGGAAUCACGAACUCCCCCCAUCCUACGAUUUCGGUAUGCACAAAGAAAUCUCCAGACAAGCCCGCAAAACUCCGGGCAAGGUGGCUAUCGACUCGUGGGACGGCAGUCUGACAUACGGCGAGAUCGAGCGAUAUUCUACGUUUGUUGCGACCACACUCAAGGAGAUGGGCGCGGAGCCACAAGAUUUUAUCCCAGUGUGUUUUGAGAAAUCGAGGUGGACGAUCGUUGCCGUCCUGGCGGUUAUGAAGGCGGGAUGCACAUUUGCGAUGAUGGACCCCACACUUCCACUCGCCCGUCUGCAGAAUAUGGCGACACAAAUCAAUGCGAGAAUAAUGGUGUCUUCUAGCAUGCAGCGGGAACUGUCAAAAGAGAUCAUUCCCGGCGGAAAGUUCUUCGUCGUGGAAGAGGACGCGUUCACAGAUGUCCCCCAGCUGGAGGACCUGCCCACGUUACCAACCGUACCUGCAUCCACCAUCAUGUACUUGAUCUUCACCUCCGGAAGCACGGGCACGCCCAAAGGUGUCAAGGUCUCCCAUGGAAGCUACACGAGCAGUGCCUUCCCACGAGCCAAAGCCGUGGGGUACAAUGAGGAGUCACGGGUCCUUGACUUUGCGUCGUACGCCUUCGACGUCAGCAUCGAUAGUAUGCUGCUGACGUUGGGCAAUAACGGGUGUCUGUGCAUUCCCUCCGACGAGGACCGACUGAACGACAUCAACGGAGUCAUCCGCAACAUGCGGGUGAACUAUGCUGGCAUAACCCCCUCCGUGGCCCGGAUCCUGGAGUCGGAUGUUAUUUCGUCGCUCAGUGCCCUCGGACUCGGAGGAGAGGCGGCCUCGGCCAGAGACGUAAACCUCUGGGGUCAAGAUACGCGCAUUAUCAUCGGCUACGGUCCCUGUGAGUGCACGAUCGGAUGCACGGUGAACAGCAGCGCGGCCACAGGCAGAGACUACAUCUCCAUCGGACCCGGCAAUGGUGCCGUCAUCUGGAUUGUCAACCCCAAUGACCACGAGGAGUUGAUGCCAGUGGGUGCCGUCGGUGAGCUGCUUGUCGAGGGACCGAUUGUCGGACAGGGCUAUUUGAACGACCCCGAAAAGACCGCCGCUGCGUUUAUCGAAGAUCCGAAGUGGCUGGUUGCGGGCCACAAGGACUACGCUGGUCGUCGGGGCCGUCUGUACAAGACGGGAGAUCUUGGAAAGUAUGAUCCGGACGGGUCGGCAGGCAUUCUUUUCGCUGGACGAAAGGAUACCCAGGUUAAGCUGCGCGGACAGCGUGUCGAGCUCGGCGAGAUCGAGAGUCAGCUCAAGGCCAGACUGCCAUCGGAAGCCACCGUCAUUGCCGAGGUGAUUGUUCCUCAAGGAUCAGGGAACCAAGCUACGCUUGUGGCCUUCAUCUCAUCCCAGGCUACCAAAGGAGUUGAUACCACAGAGCUCAGCUCAGUCGAGCUCCCUGAAGAGCUUAGCAAGACCUUGUCCGAAGCCGACGCAGAGGUGAAAAAGGUCUUGCCGCGAUACAUGGUGCCCACUGCCUACAUCCCCGUCAGUCACAUUCCGGUCUUAAUUUCCGGCAAGACGGAUCGCCGACGCCUGCGGCAGUUUGGAACCUCCGUGGACCUGCGCGAGCUGGAUCAGGGUGCCGCAAGCACCGCUGGUCGAGAGUUGACCGACCUGGAGCAACGUCUGCGGCAAGCCUGGAGCCAGACCUUGAAGCUCGAGGCAGAAAAAAUCCGUCCAGACGACAAUUUCUUCGCCCUUGGUGGAGACUCGUUGGCUGCCAUGAGACUGGCGUCUGUUUGUCGGGCACAAGGGCUGGAUCUUUCGGUUGCUAACACGUUUGGUCACCCCACACUCUCCGCGAUGGCUAGCGUUGUCCUCAUCUGCGAUGUCGAGACUCAGACCGAGACACCAGCAUUCUCUUUAAUCUCUCAAGCUGCCGAAAGCGCCUGCCAGGAAGCAGCACAGGUGUACGGUUUUGAUCAAGCGGCAAUUGAAGACAUCUACCCCUGCACACCGACUCAAGAGUCUCUUUUCACCUUCUCGCUCAAGUCGGUCAAGGCAUACGUCGCUCAGAGAUUGGCCUGCAUUCCGGCAGACGUCGAUCUCGAUGCAUGGAAGCAUGCAUGGGAGGAGGUUGUUGCCGCCAUUCCCAUCCUGCGCACCCGCGUGGCCCAGCUCCAAGAGCCUGGCCUUCAACAAGUUGUCUUAAAGGACAGCAUUUCGUGGAAGCACUCGACGGAUCUCGCCCAGUAUCUCGAGGAAGACCGGAACGAGAAGAUGAACCUUGGAGAAAGACUAGCCCGCUACGCCAUAAUCGACCAUCCCGCUGAUGGCAAGCGAUACAUGGUCUGGACAGUCCACCACGUCCUCUACGACGGAUGGUCCGAGCCGAUCAUUCUGAAAAAGGUUAGCGAGGUCUUGCAGAAUCAGAAGCCCGAGGUGCAGGCCCAGAUGAGGGAUUUCGUCAAGUAUGUGCGCGACACCGACGAGGCCGCCAUGGAAGAAUUCUGGCGCCGCGAGCUGAAAGGAGCUGUCGGGCCCCAGUUCCCUCGCCUGCCUUCAAGAGAUUAUCUGCCCAUUCCAGAUGGCAUGAUUGAGCGUCAGAUUCCUCUGGAAACCAGUGCGGGAUCCCCAUUCACCAUGGCCACUUUGAUUCGAGCUGCAUGGGCGCUCGUUGCGUCGCAGUACACUGGAAAUGAUGACGUCGUCUUCGGUGAGACACUAACCGGACGAGAUAUCUCGUUGGCUGGCGUUGAGAGCAUUGUCGGUCCAUUGAUUGCCACAGUCCCCAUCCGCAUCCACAUCAACCGAGCGAGCACCGUUGAGUCCUACCUCCAGACCGUGCAGCAAGGAAUCCUGUCCCGAACCCCGUACCAGCACAUGGGCAUGCAGAACAUCCGAAAGGUCAGCCAUGAUGCCCAGCAUGCGUGUGAAGCACCUACUGGAUUGGUUGUCCAGCCCGAGCCCGAAUACGUGGGAAGUGAGCUCGGCUUUGAGCUGGGCGACGUUGUUCGUGAGGCACUCCACUUCAACCCAUACCCCUUGAUGCUGGGCUGUGGGAUCCGCAAGGGCGGCUUCCGGAUCUGUGCCAGCUUUGACAGCGCCUUAGUCGAGGUAUCGCAGAUGGAACGGAUUCUUGCGCAGAUCGAAGCAGCCUGCACGCAGCUGAGCAAGAAUCUUUCUCGGAGUAUCGACGAGAUCUCUUGCCUUCCUGCGGCUGAAUUGAACCAGAUCUGGAAGUGGAACCAAACUCCCCCGUUGUCCUUGGACGUUACAUCCAAGAGGCUUCGCGCAGAGGAAAGCAUCAAGGAAGGGUCCGCUUAUCCUCAGGCAGUGGUUCCUUGGGUCUGCGAUGCGCGCAACCCGUCGCUCUUGUCGCCAAUUGGCUGCGUUGGUGAACUCUGGCUUGAAGGAGCCAUUCUCACCGGGGAGACCGUGCAAUCCCCCGCCUGGCUUGUGGCAGGAAGCUCCGAGCAUGCUGGUCGAGCCGGGCGAGUGCAGGCCACUGGUGACCUUGUUCAGCUGCGGGAGGAUAACAGCCUGAUCUUUGUGGGACGCAAGGAGAAUGUCAUGUCAGUGCAGGGACAUGCGGUGAAUAUCGCCGAGGUCGAAGCCCAGUUCACCAGAAAUCUGCCGUCGACGGUGCGCGCCGCAGCUGCCGUGUCUCAGCCAUCGGAUGCAGAGCCCGAGCUAGUCGUCUUUAUCGAGGAACCACCUUCCAACCAAGACAGCCUUGAGCUCAUGCCGACGGAGCAUGAGGUCCGUUGCAACAUAGACUCGCAGACCUUUGAGGCGACCAUCCGUGCCACAAUCGCCGUCGAUUUGGCGGUGGCCCUGAAGAAGCUCGACAAGUUUAUUCACGACUCUCUCCCCUCCUACAUGGCCCCGUUUGCGUAUAUUGUCGUCGACCGGAUCCCCAACCACAACGCUCUCAACCAGCUUGCCUCGAGCAUCCACCGAGACCUCCUCGUCCAGCUGCGCGAUGCCUCCAAGCAGGCAUUAGCCAAGGCAUCGGCGCAGACGAACUUGACGCCCUCCGAGGCUAUUCUGCGUUCCGCCUGGGCCGCUAUCCUCAAGCUCAACCCCGAGCAGAUCGAUGUCGACGACAACUUCUUCCGCCUCGGUGGCGACUCCGUCCUCGCCAUGAAGCUCGUCUCGAGUCUCCGCGCCCAGGGACACGGCUUGACCGUGGCCGACAUCUUCCAGCGCAUGCGUCUCGGGGAUGCUGCCAAGGUUCUGCGCGUGAACGUCAUCUCCAAGGAAGAAAAGGCUCAGCCUUACCGUGCUUUCUCCACACUCGGCCAGAUUGACAACAUCGAAGCGUUCCUGUCCGAGAAAAUUCGUCCCAAGCUGGCUAAUCCCCAAUGGUCAAUCCGUGAUGUCCUCCCAGUCACCGACUCCCAAGCCCUCGACGUCCGCGCCACUGUUCAGCCUCCGCGCACCUCCAUCCAGUACACGAUGCUGUACAUGGACAAGGACAUUGACCGGGUGCGACUGCUCCGUGCCUGCCACGAGCUCGUCCAGGCGCACGACAUCCUGCGCACUGUCUUCAUCCCCCAAGAAUCCAGUUUCUCGCAAGUCGUGAUUGACAAGCUCGAGGCCCCCGUGGCCAUGCAUCAAGCUAUCACCUCCAACCUCGAAGAAGAGGUGGCCUCCAUCUGCAAGACUCACACCGAAUCCGCCUUCCAGCUGGGAUCACCCUUUACACAGUUCCUCCACGUCGAAGACCCCACAACGAGUCAAUCAUGCCUAAUCAUCGGCCUCUCUCACGCCCAAUAUGACGGCGUCUCCCUGCCUCUCCUCCUCCGCGACCUCGAAAUCCUCUACAUUGGCACCUCCGCUAUCCCCACCCCCAAUCCCUUCUCGGCCUACAUCUCCCACACCCUCUCCCCAGCGCCCCAAACCAAAGCCCUCACCUACUGGCGCACUCUCCUCCAGGACUCCACCCUCACCACCUUCGCCGGCUCAGCCAUCCAACCCGGCGACAAAUCCAUCUUCCACACCAAGCCCAUCUCCACGCCCUUCCCCUUCAACCUGGAAGAAAUCACCACCGCCACCCUCCUCACCUCCGCCUGGGCCCUCCUCCUCGCCCGCCGUCUCCACACCGACGACAUCACCUUCGGCGCCGUCACUUCCGGCCGCACCCUCUCUUCCCUCCCGGAUGUCGACUCCAUCAUGGGCCCCUGCUACCAGCUCACACCGACGCGGGUCCGCUUCCAACCCACCUGGCAUGCCAUGGACCUGCUCCGGUACGUGCAGAACCAGAGCGCCGAGUCGGCGGAGUAUGAUUUCCUGGGCUUCGACAAGAUCGCGGCUGCCUGUGGAUGGGAAGGAUACUUUGAUUCGGUGGUACACCAUCAGGAUUGGCAUGACUUUGACACCAUGCCGUUUGCGGGUGGAGAAUGUAAGGUUGAUAUUCUGAAUCCCGAUGGAGAUGCGGCAUAUCCGAUGAAAGUAGUUUCGUUUGUGAAGGAGGGAGUGAUGCAUGUUGGUGUGGUGGGAAGUGAACGGGAUGUAAGCUUUGUGGAUGAGACGUUGGACCAGUUGGCGAAGGUUGUGGAGGCGUUGUCUUCUUUCCCGGGACUCGUGAUGCAAACCCCCGAGAUCAACUUCUUCCAUUCCGUAGACGCGAGGUUCGGAAAGUCGAGGUGCAUCAUUCUCCCGCUUGACAUGCGAAGUACGGUCAAGCUGGACCUCGUUAUCCACACUUGUCAAACUAGGCAUGUUUUCGUCGCCGUCCUCCUCUAUAUCGAACUUCGGCGUCGAGCUGAGACCGACACCUGCUACCCACCUUCGAAUUCUGGGCAGAAGGCUAUCCUUUUUCCUGUCAUUGACUUUGAGUUCUGUUAG